AUGAUGAACGUAAUUCAGAUCAUUUGUGACCAAAAGGCACAUACAUUUGUGCUUGUGGGAUUUGUGCUUGGAUGUUAUUUAGAUAGAAAGAAUGAUGAAAAGCCAACUGCCUUCCAGAAAAAGAAUUUGUCUAGAAGGGAAUUGAGACCCAAGGAAGAAGUCACCUGGACUUAA